AUGGGAAAUUGCGUAUCGAACUCAAAAUUCCAACUCGAAAAUAAUGCUCUCAGUUACAACACCGACAACGGCAAAAGCACAAAGUUUCGUCGCGAUUGUAAAGCGUAUCUAUUUAAUAAAAAAGAAUGCCUUGAAUUCGAUUCUACUUCCGGGAAGAAAAAUAAAAUGAAAAAAGCAAAGUCCAAGGAGGUUUUCCGUGUUAUCGAGGGUAGAAAAUAUCAUAACUUUCAGGACGUUCAUUAUUUUCUCCCCUGUGAUAACGAAGAAAUUGACCGAUUGACUAACGAACAUUUCCUUAUAAAAUGUCUCUGGGGGCGCAACUUCUUCUCUCCUAUUGAGAAUUUACUAUUACAAGGCAACAUCCGAAUACUGGAUGUCGGUUGCGGUUCGGGCACAUGGAUGCUUGAAAUGGCGACUACUUUCCCAUCCUCAUUUUAUGGGAUUGACGUAUCAGCAAUAUAUCCAGAUACGAUUAAGCCGCAAAAUACGAAUUUUAUAAACACAAAUAUUCUCCGAGGAUUACCAUUUUCGGAUUCAAAAUUCGAUUAUAUCCACCAUCGCUUUCUUUUGCACUCGAUUCCCGAUCGGCCAUUUAAAAGACUAGUGUUACCCGAAUUGUUACGUGUUACCGGAUUUGGCGGAUUCUUAGAAUUCGUUGAAGCCGAUAUCGAAUGUAUCAACGCGGGACCGUUGUUACAAAAUUUAGCCAGCGAAUAUGCUCAAUUUUUGGGAUCAAAGGGCAUUACAUUGAAACCGAUCGAUAUCGGAGAUCUUCUUGUUAAAACCGGGUCCAUAAAAAAUAUUCGACAUUUGCAACACAUUAUUCCGAUGGGCAAACGAGCUGGAACUCUUGGAAACUUGGCUGCCGAAAAUCAGUGUCGUAUAUGGAAAUCGCUACAAUCCGUAUUAGCUCCUUUCAUGAAUUAUACCAAAGAGGAAUAUGGUAAAAUGGUCGAUACCAUAUUUACGACCGAGAUCAAUGAAUACGAAUCUUGUAUUUUAAUGCAUCGGUAA